AUGCUCGCGGAGUUCAAGCGCAGAUGGAGAGCCUUCAUAAAGAAUGCCUACGAGGAAUCUAUUACUCACAAGAAGAAUGGAGCUAUUGAGAAGCUAUUAACGCACGCGAAACACGGAGAAUACCUGACCAUUGAAGAGUGCAUGCAAACCGUGGACGAGACUCUCUACGCAAAUCUAGACGUUACAACGAGUGCCGUCGCCUGGAGCCACGUGCUUAUUGCUCAAAACCAAGCCAUACAGGACGAAGUGCGGACGGAAGUCCGACUUCACAGGCAGCUGUCUGAAACCGAGUGGGAAGACUACAUCAACAGGUCGGACACUAUUUUAGCCUUCAGUGUCUUGGAGGCAUCACUGCUGCGGCCGAUUUUAGGUAACUGA